AUGGCGGAUCAGUUCUCCUCCAUCUACUGCUGUGCCGAUGCAGCCCCGAACGCGGCCGAGCCGCCUCGUGGCGGCUGGAAGCUGCCGGAUGAGGAGCGUGGCCUGCUGCCGGUGGAGUAUUUCACCAAGGGCCUGCAGUCCCUGGGUGUGUCCGCGGAGGUCCUCCAGUCGCUCAUGGCCAAGGUGGUGCACAAGGACGCUGAGGGGAAGGAGGUGGCCUUCCGAAGGAGGGAAGGCGUCACCUUCGACGAGGAGUGGGGCCAGCUGUCAGAGGCACCCGGUGAGGCGCCAGAUGCCUGGAAGGCUGGCGUGGCGCAGGCACAGGCCAGCCUCAUGGAGGAGUUCGGUAUUUCAGGAGAUCGCAGGUGGUAG